UUUGAUCUUUCUGUCUCGUUCUGGUUCUUAAAUUAGGGCUACGUUUCGUUCCCAAAUUCAAUCUGUCUCUCAAAAACUCGAUCUUUCUCUCUAGGGUUACGUUAUGCAACCUGCAACAACACCGCUAAUGGACCCUCAGUACCAGCAACAACAGUGGAUGAUGAUGAAUCAACAACAACCACAACCACCGCAACAACAGUUCCAGCAACAACCACCGUUACAGCAAAUGUAUAAUUACAACCAGCAACCACCACCGGCUGCCACAAUUCCGCCUCAGUACACGGGACAGGCGGUAGCACCGGUAGGUGGUGCGACUCCUCAACCAGCUAGCGCCGAUGAGAUCCGUACGCUAUGGAUCGGCGAUCUGCAGUAUUGGAUGGAUGAACAGUAUCUCCUUAGCUGUUUUGCUCAGACUGGCGAGGUGGUUUCUGCAAAAGUCAUACGUAACAAGCAUUCUGGUCAAUCUGAGGGUUAUGGUUUCAUUGAGUUUGUAAACCGAGCUGGUGCUGAAAGGCAUCUACAAGCAUAUAAUGGUACUUUAAUGCCCAAUGUGGAGCAGCUCUUCAGGUUGAACUGGGCUACAUUUGGUGCUGGUGAAAAAAGACAAGAUGAUACCCCUGAUUACACUAUCUUUGUUGGGGAUUUGGCAGCAGAUGUUACAGAUUACACAUUGCAGGAGACAUUUAGGGCUCAUUACCCUUCUGUUAAGGGUGCAAAAGUUGUAACUGAUCGGCUCACAGGGCGCACAAAAGGUUAUGGCUUUGUGAAAUUUGGAGAUGAGAGUGAGCAAAUACGUGCCAUGACUGAAAUGAAUGGAAGAUUAUGUUCAACCAGACCAAUGCGAAUUGGGCCAGCUGCUAACAAAAAGAGUGUGGGAAGUCAACAAUAUCCAAAAGCUUCAUACCCAAAUUCUCAAGGAACACAGAAUGAUGACGAUCCAAAUAAUACAACUAUUUUUGUUGGUGGUUUGGAUCCUAAUGUAACAGAUGAACAUCUUAGGCAGGUGUUCAGCCAAUAUGGACAAUUAGUCCAUGUGAAGAUCCCCUUAGGCAAACGAUGUGGAUUUGUUCAAUUUGCUGAUAGAAGCUGCGCUGAGGAAGCUUUACGGAUGCUACAAGGAACUCAAUUUGGUGGACAAACUGUGAGACUUUCGUGGGGCCGUAGUCCUUCAAACAAACAGCCUCAGGUAGAGCAAAGCCAAUACAAUGGUGGGUACUAUGGAUAUGAAACUUACGGAUAUGCCCCUGUUCCUGUUGCUCAAGAUCCUACCAUCUACUAUGGCGCCUACCCUGGAUACCCUGGCUACCCACAGGUCCAACAACACCCGCAACCAUCCCAACAACAGUGAGUGAUAUGGUCGGCUAUUGGAUGCUGGAAAUGAAGAAUUCCGGGUUUUUAUUUUCUACUAUAUUAUAGUAAAUUAUCUAUAUAU